UCUAGAAAAUGGAAAAAAAUUGCCGGAAAAAUGAAAAGAUCCACGCCAUAAUGAUCCCAUACCCUCUCCAAGGCCACGUGAUACCUUUCGUAAACCUAGCGAUCAAACUGGCGGCUAAUUAUUCAUUCACCAUAACUUUCAUCAACACCCAAUCCGUCCACCACCAGAUUUCCAUUAACAACUCCGGCACCGGCUCCGACGACAUCUUUGCCGGAGCCCGUGAAUCCGGGCUUGACAUACGUUACCGAACCAUUAGCGACGGGUUCCCUCUAAGUUUCAAUCGAUCGUUGAAUCACGACCAGUUCAUGGAAGGAAUCUUGCAUGUGUUUUCCGCCCAUGUUGACGAAAUCGUAGGAGAAAUUGUCCAGUUGUCGGAAAAGGAGAAUUGUUUGCCGGUGAAUUGUUUGAUAGUUGACACCUUUUUCGUUUGGCCGUCGAUUAUUGCGGAUAAGUAUGACUUAGUAAAUGUUUCGUUUUGGACAGAACCGGCUUUGGUUCUUACGUUAUACUAUCACUUGGAUUUGUUGAAACAAAAUUCACAUUUUGCUUCCCAAGAUAAUCGAAUUGAUACAAUUGAUUACAUCCCGGGAGUUCCAUCUAUUGAUCCAAAGGAUUUGAUGUCAUACUUGAAAUCAUCAGAUAUAUGGACACCAGUGCACCAGAUCAUCUAUAAAUCCUUUACCGAUGUAAAAAAAGCAGAUUUCAUAAUAUGUAACACAAUCAAUGAGUUAGAGCCAGAAACGAUCUCAGCCAUUCAUAAAAAACAACCCACUUACGCUAUUGGCCCGAUCUUCCCUCGAGGGUUCACCAAAGGACCUGUAGCCACAAGCAUGUUAGCGGAGUCCGAUUGCAUCCAAUGGCUUAAUUCCAAACCGGAGAGAUCCAUUCUAUACAUUUCAUUUGGGAGUUAUGCUCACACCACUAAGCAUGACAUUGUGGAGAUUGCUAAUGGGCUUUUGCUUAGUGGGUUGGGCUUCAUUUGGGUUCUUCGGCCCGAUAUAGUUAGCUCCGACGAUACCGAUUUCCUACCCGAAAAAUUCUUGGAGAAUGUUGGAAGUGGUGGGCUUGUUGUACCGUGGUGUAGCCAAAUCGACGUGAUCUCUCAUCCUUCGAUAGGUGGUUUUUUAACACAUUGCGGUUGGAAUUCUAUAUUGGAGAGUAUUUGGUGUGCGGUACCUUUGCUUUGUUAUCCGUUGCUGACUGAUCAAUUUACAAAUAGGAAACUAGUUGUGGAUGAUUGGAAAGUUGGGAUUAACUUGUGUGAUGAAGAGGAAAUCACGAAAGAUGAGGUGACCAAGAAGAUGAACACUUUGAUGGAUGGUAAAGAGUCUGAGGAGACGAGAAAGGAAAUAAAGAGAAUAAAAACGGUGUUGGAAGAUUCGUUGGGGUUGAAUGGAUCUUCGGAGAGAAAUCUUAAAGAGUUUGUAGAGAAAUUGGAGACUAAGGUAAAGAGAAUUAAUGAAUAA